AUGCCCGCGCGUAACCAUUCGACCACAAGCGGCGUGCCUCCAGCCCCAGUUUUAAAGUUCCCUUCCGACUUAAAGAAAGCCUCUAGCCCCAAAGAGAAGAAGUCCCGAACUACGAAACCGCCGGCCAGUUUAACAACCGACAACAUGACUGGCGAAAUGGAGAACUUCAUUUUCGCUAUCGAAGAUUUCCGCGACCUGGACCGUGAGAAGCGAAAGCAGCUGCUUGAGGGCCCGACGGUCCAGGUAACCUGCGCAGGCCAGCACAUCGACGACGUCCCUCUCCGUCUUCUCCUCGCGGCCUCAUCUGUCGCUCGGAUACGAUACCUCAACACGGGCUCGAUUCCUCGAAUUGGUCUCGCCGACAAAAACUUGAAGGACGCCAUGCUCCUCCUCUUCGGCUGGAUGAAGGAUACCUGCACGAAGCUCAAAUCAUACUGGCUCUCCAAGCAGACGAAUUUCGUCUCUGACGUCAAUCUCAUCGUCGCAGCGCAGCAACUCGGCAUGGAUCUGUACGUCAAGCAUAUCGUGGCUAACUGGUGGGCUGCGCUCAAGAACGACCCGCCCGAGUUCCCCAAGCUUCUAGCGAUCGAGCGUGCAGCUCCGAAUGCCGAGUUCACAUUCUUCCGCUGCGCCGUUAACCGCCUCGCUCACAUGCAACUCUACGGUCAGAUCAGCAACGAAGAAGAGUACCAGCGUUGGAUGACUCGCCUCCCCAAGAUUGCCGCCGCUAUCAAGCCUGUGUACGAGCGCCUUGAGGAGGAUCGCCGCCGCCGUCGAGAGGAAGACGCCGCCCGGCGCGAGGAGGAGGCUAAGCGCAUGGCCGAGGAUGCCGAGAUUCACCGUCUCUGGGAAGAGCAGCGUGCCAUGGCUCGAGCUGAGAAAGAGCAGGUCGAUGCGGAGAAGGCUCGUAUUGCACAAGAGAAACAGCGAGAGCAGGAUAUGAGGGACGCUGUCGCUCGCAAUAGUCACCGUGUACGGACGCUCACUGCUGAGGAGGCGCGAUUCGUUCCUCGAGGUAGAAAUGGAAUGUGGCGUUGA